ACGUAUCUUUCAAUUUUGAUAUUGAUUUGUUGAAAUGGGAAGUGCCAACUUCCUUGGUAAAAGCAUGCAAGAUACGAACUUAUCUUUUUCUUUGCCAAGAGGUUUUGAAAGAUUACGAUGAGUCAUUAUGUGAUUCAUUUUGUACCACAAUUGUUUCAAAUUUUAAGUCAUUACGGAUGUUGAGUCUCAAUACAAUAUAUAUUAUAAGAUUGCCUAAUUGUUUUAAAAAAAUGAAACAUUUGAGAUAUCUUGAUCUUAGUGGGAAUCUCAUGAUGGAGAGACUUCCAGAUUGGAUAGUUGGACUUUCGAAUUUGGAAACACUAGAUCUCAGUCAGUGUCUUAGUCUUGUGGAAUUGCCUAGAGACAUUAAAAAAAUGAUCAACUUAAGGCAUCUCAUCUUGGAAGAUUGUAUUGGGUUGAGUGGAAUGCCACGUGGAAUUGGUGAAUUGAAAGGUGUUCGUACAUUGAAUAGAUUUGUUUUGAGUGAAAGCAAUUGUUUGGGGAGGGGCGGUAGUGCUGGUCUUGCUGAGCUGGCCACCCUUAACGAAUUAAGGGGAGACUUGGUUAUUUUUGAUAAUUUGAGGCACGAGAAAGAUGUGGUGUCAGAAUCAAAUGUUGGUACACCUCUCAAGGACAAACAGCAUCUCCAUUCGUUGGAAUUGUGGUGGAAAUUUGGAGAAGAUGUAAAGGCAGUUGAUGAGGUGGAUAUUAUAAAGUCAAUGGAAGUAUUGCAACCCCAUUCUAAUCUAAAGCAGUUGUCCGUGUGGUAUUAUGGUGGUGUGAGGUUUGCGAGUUGGUUUUCUUCUCUCAUUAAUAUUGUUAAUCUCGCAUUCUGGAAUUGUAAGAGAUGCCAACAUCUUCCACCCUUGGAUCAUUUGCCUUCCCUUAAGAAACUUCAACUUGGAUAUUUGGAGAAGUUGGAGUACAUAUCAGAGAAAGAGAGCAGUAAUAGUAUGAGUGAUGAGAUGAUGAGGAUCUCAUUCUUUCCCUCCCUGGAGACACUCUGCCUAGUAGGUUGCCCUGUUCUGAAGGGAUGGUGGAGGGCGCACACUCCUAAUCUAACUUCCAUCCCUCUUUGUCCAAAUGUGGAGAGAAUACAAGUCUGUAAGAGCAGCUGGAAGGUUGUUGAUUCCUUGUUUUUUAGAGGAGCAUCUGAUAUUACACAUGAUGUUGGUGUUGAUGUUUCUGCCUCUUCUUCUUCCCCUCCUCUCUCCAAAUUAACACAUCUGUCACUUGAGGAAAUUGAGGAUUUGGCUUCACUGCCAGAAUGGAUUCGUGGACUCCCCUGUUUAAAUACAUUGCAAAUUUCUGGUUGCCCCAAGUUAUGGGAAAGAUGCGGCAAAGAAACAGGUGAGGACUGGCCUAAGAUUGCUCACAUCCCACACAUUACUAUUUGGGAUUAAGAGAUUUUGGAUUCAGUGAAUGGAGGAGCAUCAACCUUUUGGAUUCAAUAUGUGAUGACCAUGUUAACUACUUGGAGUGGUUGUAUAUGAUUUUGUUUUUGAUCCUCGGGGUUUAGGUACUAUGUCCCUCCCGUUGUAUGUUUUUUCUUCAAGUAAUAUAAUAUGGGCGUGAGAGCCUAGCCCCCCAGCUUCGACUGGGUUCCAGCCCUCUUUA